CUCCUUCCGAUCCUAUUGGUUCCUGCAAUCGCAUUUCAGAACAUAAAUAGUAUCCGCCCCAUGUUUUCUCAUCAAGGAGCAAGCCAUUUCCAAUGUCAUGGUUGCUUAAACCAGCCUUGACACUUCUCAAGCUUAUAUAUAUACAGCCAGGUGUUGCAAUCUAGCAAAUUAAAACCUGUGCAUUUGUAGGGAUUGCACAUGCAUCUAGGUAGCAGUGUGAGCAUAAAGGUGUGAGGCUCAUACUCACAGGUAGCUGCCAUGGUUGCAUUCAAGUUGAGGCUGAGACAUUUCUGUUUCGCAGCUGUGCUUUCAUCCAUUGCCGUCUCUUGUUGCAGAGGGCAAGGAGGAGGAGGUGGUGCUGGGGGAGCAGCAGGUGGUGCAGGGGGCGCUGCAGGUGGUGCGGUGGUACCCGGAACCCAGGAUGCCAUCCAGAUUGUGGCACAGGCUGCUCUCUGCUUUGACAAUAGACAGGUGAUGAACGGGUGUCUCCAAGCAAUGGGCAUCAACGUCAAUGGCAACGGCGGCGGCGGCGGCGGCAAUGCCAACGGCAGCGGCGGAAACAGCAACGGCAACGGUGGCAGUGGCAAUGGCAACGGUGGCAGCGGCAAUGGCAACAACAACGGCGGCGGUAGCAACGGCAAUGGCAACAACGGUGGUGGUGGAAACAGCAACGGCAAUGGCAACGGCGGGGCAACGGCGAGCAUGUGCCAAGGGCCGUGCUUCGGGCAGAUGAUGCUGAUGAUGAACUGCGUGAACGGCAUCCUGGGCAACAUCCAGGGCUACAGCCCCGGGCUCAUGCAGGGCGUCCAGGCCGUCUUCCAGAUGUCCUGCGGCAAUGUCGGCAACGGCCAGCAGGGCGGCGGUGGGGCUGGUGGUGCUGGUGGCGGAGGCGCCGGUGGAGGUGCCGGCGGUGCUGGUGGAGCUGGUGGUGGAGGUGCCGCUGGUGUCGGAGGUGCCGGCGGUACUGGUGGAGCUGGUGCCGGUGGCACCGCUGGUGGCGGAGGUGCCAUUGGUGCUGGAGGUGUUGCUGGCGGCGCCGGCAGUGGCGGAGGUGGUGCUGGCGGUGGCGGCAGUACGACCAGCAAUGCUGUUACUGCUGGUGGUACUACGAGUCCAAACGGAGGCUCACACGUGGCGGUAAGCAACCUAGGCGAGCCAACCAGCAGCGCGGGCGGGCCCACGGCCAGCCUCACCAGCGGGUUUCCCUCGGCGCUAGUGACGUGGACGUGUAUCUGGCUACUACGGCUGUUCUAGCUUCGAUGAAAUUGAUGAUUAGUGACGACGAGAACGUUGCAAGAAGCUGUGAUUCGUUUCUUUACUUCUUAGGUAGUAGCACAGUAGAACAAAUUUACCUUCUGUGAGGAUUUUAUGUAAAGCCAGCAUGUGCCUUCUCCAUUUAAAUUUAUAAACAAGGAAUUCAGCAAAGGUUUGUUCAACUUUCAAACA